CAGACAAACGAGUCUUGGGGAAAUUUAUCUUUUGUGGAACUUUCCAACAACUGUCUGGAUCCAGCUGCUCAAUUUCGGUUUCUUGAUAAUGGUGCCAUGUCCAAUUUGGAAAGAAAGGGAUGUUUGGAGGCAACAUCUAGGAGUGGUUCUGGUUAUGGUCUUGAUAUGUUGUACAUGCUCCUUACCCCAGAUCCCUCAGAUAAUUGUGCUCAGAGACAUGCUAUAACGCAGAUCUCUUGGCGAGGUUUAUAUGUAAUUUAUAUAUUUCGGCCGUGGUGUAUAGUUCCUGAAACAGAUAGCAGAAUUCUUAAAGACCUAGGGAUAGAUCGGUACAUGGGAUUAACGUCAAAUUGUAACGAUGCAGAGGAUAAACGUUUUAAUUUUGGUAAGUAGUUUUUUAUUUCUAUGCAGUUAAUUUAUUUGAUGUCUUUCCGCAUAAAAAGUUCUUAUCUGUGGUUUUCCAAUCUGCAUUUCAUAUUUACUUAUUAAAUUUCUCACGCACCAUGCAUUGCCGUUAAGCUAGCCCAGAGGCUAGACGUAAACCACAUGUAUCAAGACGGCUGUAUAGUAGAAGGUAUACACCUUCUUUAUAUAUAGAAAAAUGAUUCAAUUACCUCGGACGUCUUAAUUUUGUCCACAAAAGCAACUGUUGAACUCCACGUUUAAUUAGAUUUUCCUUAUUUCAUAUAAUGCUGAAUUUCUGUAUAAGAAUAUCAUGUCCAGCAAUGGUGUUUUGCACUUUGUACACAUCGCUACGCUGUUCAACAAAAUCUCUUGCCCUACGUGAUAUUGUCAUUUAGUGCUCGUCACUUCUAAAUUUUCAUUCUGUUCCAGGUUUAGUGACGUGCCAUGGAAAUAUGAUAAAGAAUGCCAACUGUCCUAAAGAUCAGUACAUGGUGAUCAGGAAUGCAUCGUACCGUGGGUUGUCUGCCAUAAAGACAUGUGGUUUGAGCGACGAUUAUAGUUGUGAAGUUGAUGUAACAUGUCUUGUUAAGAAACAAUGUGAUGGUCAACGUGAGUGUAAAAUAACUGUGGAUGACAACUUGUUCUCUGGUGAUUUAUGUCCUGCAUUGACAAAAUAUCUUUACUUUGAAUAUCAAUGUAUCGAUACGCCAACACCAUACCUUUGUGGUACGUUUGACUAUUGUAUCGUGUAGUAUAGGCCGUUAUCAUCAAUGAAAACUGUAUGUCUAUCACACAGGCGCGUAACUGCUGCGGGGUGGGGGGGGGACCGCCUUCCUUCAAUGUUGUAAUAUUGCAGUUUCCUCGGGCAAUUUUAACGACACGCUCGUCGGGCAAAAAAUAUGUAAUUUAGCAAACGAUUACUGAAAAUUACGAAAAUAUUUCUGCAAAAUUGUACAAACUUCUGUAAUUUAGCGAAAAAAUGGUUUGAUCGAAAAUGCCCCGCUCGCCAACAAUUACCGACUGAAAUGUCCAUCGGGCACGACUUUCGCCGCCCAUUUGGUCGGGCAAAACAAAUCACGCCACCCCCUCCCCCCACCAGCCGUAAUACCCAAGUUACGGCCCUCCUAUUAUCAUGUUCAUAAUCGUAACUGUUUCCCAUUCGAUGUCCGGUUUACCUGGAGCCAUCGUCAUUGUUUAUUGAUUGUUUUAGUGACUAGAGAGGUAUGUUUUUUUCUCGUUUUGUGUUUGUAGUUGAUGGCGUGUUUUUGUCGCAUUCAUCUCUACCAAGUGAAGGCUUUGUACAGUUAGUGACCAAAUAUAGUGGGACCAAGA